ACAUGGGUCUGACAGCAUCUGGUGUGCAGCAGAGCCAUUAAAUCCCAUUCUCAUCCCUGCAAAGCCAAAUGGACAGCCGAGGGAGCCAACCGCAUCUAUCAUCUUGAAGCCAUUAGACCAAUUGCAGGGCGGCGGGGAGGGAGCUCGCCGCACUCCUCUCUGUUUGCAGCAUCCCUGGAGCAGCCUCUGUUGUGUGAAACACAAGAAGAGCAGAUCCGUGGAGGCAACCGGAGAACGGGAAGGGGAUCUCGUGGAGGCUGCCGGGAUAGGGUUACACUGGUGUGUGGAGUCCAUCUUUGCAGAAGAUGGCUGUUUAGUCAAUGUAAACAGCCUGUGCAAUACCUGCAUUGCUAAAGGGGGAAGCAGCAGAAGAGGAGGAGGAGAAGGAGAAGGAGGAGGGGCAGCCGCUGGAGGAAAUGCUGCCUCUUCCAAUGAAAUUUUCCCCUCUCUAGCUAACCCCGGCCUGCUGCAGAUCACCUCUCAAGUCAUGCAUGUUGUAUGUUAAGUUUUAGGUUUUAUUUCCCUGAUCACAUGGCCGAAGCAUCACCAGUGCCCCCGCAGACCACACACCAGAUGGAAGACACCUGUGUCGACCAUGACACGCACUAGAGGCUGAGAGCGACGCGGCAGCAUCCACACACAGACCGAAAAUACAUCCUUCAGUUGAAACUGCAACACUUGACCAUGGCUGUAACUGCAGCUCAGACACCUACAAGUUUUCUCUCCACAACUGCCACAGCCACCGCAAUCCCUUUCCUCUCCACGAGCAAGAACGUCAGAGACAAUGUCACCUCCCGGACGACAUUAAUGACUGUUACUAUAACAACAAACGAGACCAGCUUCAAUGCCACAACGUUUCCGGAGGCGGUGAUCGAGGGCUCGGGGAUGGGAAUGGUGCUCGUGCCCUUUGGCAUCAUCACUGUCAUUGGCUUGGCAGUGGCCAUUAUGCUGUAUAUUCGGAAACGGAAGCGGUUGGAGAAGCUGAGGCACCAGCUUAUGCCCAUGUACAACUUUGACCCGGCUGAAGAACAAGAUGACCUGCUGGAACAGGAACUACUGGAUCACGGCCGGGAAGGCAGCCUCACAGGUCCCAAUGCCAAAACUCUCACAACCUCCCAGGGGACCACGCAGAGGCCCAGUCGUCUGGUCUUCACAGAUGUAGCCAAAGCUCUCAACGCUUAACAGAUCUCUUCCAUUAGUUGACUGCAGUUUUUGGGGGCUGCUGGCCUCAUCGAGAUACAGACUGGGCUUUUCUCAUUUGUCUGUUUCGUGCCUCCUUGUGUCCUGACUCCUCCAUCCUCCAGCCUAUAAAUCAGCAAUUGAUCUUCUUGAAGAAUGACUCAAUUCCUAAGAUGCAUCCUGAGGAGAGAGGAGGCUUCCCUGAGGAGCUAUGAGCGAGGAUGCACAGGUGCAUCCUGCACAAAAGUCUUUUCAGCACCCCUGACAUCUAAAAGAGGCGGGACCAGCAUGACAAACAGCCGAUGAUGCGGCUGUGCCAUCCAUCAUAUUUAGGCCCUGUCUACAUGAAUACAGAUAUUUUUGAAAACUGAUACCCCCCCCCCCCCCCCCCCCCAUGAAAAAAACUGACUAUACCAACUUUGUUUCAAGACAUUUCCGUCCCAUUAGAAUGCAAAAACGAUUACAAGCGUGUUGGCUAUCUUCCGUUAUCUCCCUUCGUGACAAAGCUAAUAAGAUGUAUAGGCUUCCCUUUCGAAAACACCCAACAGAGGUCUCAUCACUGUCGAUUCCCCUUCAAUAUAAGGAAGAUGGAGCUCACUCAAGAAAAAGAGUGAUGCUCUGGACAUGCUAAAGUUUUCCUUCCACUCACUGACUAUGGAAUCGAGGACAUGAAAACCGUGAAAUGAGAAAAGCCCACUGUCUCUCAGGUAGGAACACAAAGGGAAAACUGGACUGUUUUUGGGAACAACUGGAGCUUUGAUGAACGUUUUAAUCUCUACGACACAGACAGUCUGGCAAAAAAAAAAAAAAAAAAACGUAGGGUGCAUGUAUGAUAAGGGAGCAUAACGGGAGGCAUCACGUAUGAUCUUGCACUGUUACCGUUUGGCGCACAAAUGCAGUGUGAUGCACUUUUCUUGAAUCAUGUUGUGUCAUUGCUGUUAAAAUGUUUGGUAGCUUGUCAGUGAAGUUCAUCUGAGCUUCAAUAUCUCUGUCCAUGUUUGAUGAGAGAGAAGUGUACAUUUGUGUUAUUAUACUGAUUUUGUGGUCUUUCAUCUCUGACAAGCUUGAACUCUGGAUGUGUUACCAUCCUUAAGUGAACUGUUCCUCUCCAUUUUGUUUCUUCUUCACUGAGCAAUGAAGGAUUGUUUCCGUCUGUAUACAUUAAAACU